AUGGAUCUGGAGUUCCGGGGUGUCCUCGCACCGACUGGGUUGGCGACGCAUGCCAAUCUGAUAACUCCCCCGGCCUCCUCUAGCGACCUUCGGAGCACCCCGAGGCUGCCCCGGCCGGUGACUGGCUUCGACUUCGCCUCCAAAAAUUUAGACUCUUGCGGCAUGGAGAAGAUCCCCGCCAUCACGGGCAAGCGGAGGGGUGGCUGUAGAAAGGCCUGUAAUGAGUGUAAACAGCAAAAGACUCCGGCGGACGCUUGUUCGCGCUGCCGCCGGCUUCAGAUAGAAUGCAAAGUUGAGCCCACUUUUAAACGCAUCUCGAAACGGAGGCGUAAUGCUGAGAUGGAACGGGAGAUCGCAGAGCUCCGGCGGCGGCUUGCUACUGGUGACCAGUCGCAGUCUGUAGAAGCCAAUGGCAGCGACGAGCUCUCCCAGUGUUCCGAGGAUGUAUUCUGUCCUCCUGAUGCGGCAGUUACGAGCAGAGCGCGGCCGCUGUCGGCGCCGUUGGAGCCUCAGCCUAUGGCUACCCCUUUGACCAUGCACAGAGAUGGGUCUAUUCUUUCCCAAGAUGAUAAUCCAUGGAGACUGGAAGAUGUCUCACUGUCUAGGACAAGGGUUGCCCGACUCUUUGAACAGUUCUUCAAGUACUAUCACCCGUUCCUUCCCCUGUUGAAUCCGCAGAAGCCUCCGGAUGAGUAUCUGCGCCGCUGUCCUUUGCAGGCCUGGUCUAUUAUCUGCGUUGCUAGCCGACGAGCGCCCUCAGAGCCGGGCCUCCUGAGCGCACUCUCGGGGCCAUUCAGCAGACUGCUUUGGUCUACCAUUACCGGAGUUCCCCAAGACUACCGUGUGGUCAAGGCUCUUUGUCUCCUAUGCACCUGGCCAUUGCCUACUACCAGUCAGAGGACUGAUGCUACCUUUAUGCUUAGCGGGCUGAUGAUGCAGAUUUCCAUGCAACUUGGAUUGCACCGUCCUGUCCAGGCGGAGGAGUUUACCACUUUCCGGAUGGAGGUCCAAGGCGAGGCCGUCAAGGAUCGUCUGCAGACGUGGGUCAUUUGUAACAUUGUGGCUCAAAACGUCGCCACCGGAUACGGACAACCUCCGUCCACCAUCUACGACUGGGCACUUGAACCUGCAUCGCUUCGAGAUGCAGACUAUCAGCCUUCUGAAGACCUGAAGACUCGACUGCGCAUUGAGAAAUUCUGCGACCGUGUAACCAAAGCACUAUACAGCAGCAAGCCUGACCCGGUGGAAUUCAUCAGCUCGGAGAAACUGCUGAUUGUACAGCUUCUGGAGAAUGAGCUUCGGGACAUGGAGGUUGAAUUUGGCCGCGAUAUUUCCAACAUUAAUAUGAUCCAUCUACGAGCAGCUGAGCUGCAUCUACGAUACUUUGUAUUCCUAGGCUCUAGCGCACGAAGUGAUGAUCUGACGAAGUUGUUCAUCGCUACCACAUCGUUUCUCGGUCGUGUGCUCGACCUGGAAACCUUACCUGGCGAGCUUAUCGGGCACGCCACCAAUUACAUUCUGCAGAUGAUUGUUUCCGCCGCAUUUGCCCUCAUGAAGCUGCUGAAGAGUGACUUCCGACGCCACAUCGACUUCGAACAUGGGAAGUUGUUGUUCAAUGGAGCCAUCUCGGCCAUUAGGAGAAUUAGUGUCAUGGACCACGACCGUCCAGUGCGACUGGCAGACAUUCUGGCGCAGAUGUGGAAUGCGGGCAGCCCCGAGGGCCCGGCGGGAGAGGAUGCCCUGCAGCUGAAAGUGCGCUGCCGGAUGAGCAUGAGUCAUGUCUAUGAUACUGUCUGGCGUUGGCGGCAGCGAUUCCGCCCCAUGAAGAGCAUUGAGGAUCCGCAAGCUACCAUGGCGAACCCUAGUCUUCCCGCGACGGCCGGUCCAAUGACCCGGCAGCAGCAGGAAGAGGCGCUGGCGGACCCAGGGUUGAUCUACCCCCCGAACUUCGAUCAAGGGGCCUUCAUCAGCGAAGCCGGAUUUUCGGAGGUGUUCGAUUCGCUCAACUGGGUGUUUGAUGGGAUUCCGGACACGUUUGUAGCGCCCCCGGUCAUGUAA